AACUAUGCAAUUCCCUGCAUUUACACCUCAACUGGACAUCAGUUACACCACCCAACCCCGCCUUCUUCCCCAUCUCCGAUCAUCUCUGUAAAUCUGAGAGCUACCGGAAAAAAUGUCACACGGAGACACAAUACCUCUUCACUCCACAUCCCAAUCGGACAUUGAUGAAAUCGAAAACCUCAUCUAUUCCAAUCCUUCUACUGUCCUUCCAGCACGCCCGCCUUCUCCUCCUCGUGCUGCCAUCCCUGUUUCAUCUUCUCCCUUCAUGCCUUCCAAUAUUCGCCCACCACCUCCCCCUACAGCUACCACAACCGCCAAUCACAAACCCACACCUGUACCUUCCAUUCCAUCCCCACCACCGUUACCUUCUUCGGGACAGUCGAACAUAGCCGCUACCGGAUUCGGAUCUCCACCCAACACCCUUACGGAACCUGUUUGGGAUACCGUCAAAAGAGAUCUGUCCAGAAUUGUUAGUAAUUUGAAGCUGGUGGUUUUCCCUAAUCCUUAUAGAGAAGAUCCUGGGAAAGCGCUUCGUGAUUGGGAUCUAUGGGGACCUUUCUUCUUCAUUGUUUUCCUUGGUCUCACUUUGUCAUGGUCUGCCUCUGUUAAGAAGUCCGAGGUUUUUGCUGUUGCAUUUGCUCUGCUGGCCGCCGGUGCUGUCAUCCUGACAUUGAAUGUCUUGUUACUGGGUGGUCACAUAAUCUUCUUCCAAAGUCUCAGUCUUCUGGGUUACUGUCUAUUCCCACUUGAUGUUGGCGCCUUUAUUUGCAUGCUAAAGGACAAUGUGAUAUUGAAGGUGGUUGUGGUUUGUGUUGCACUAGCUUGGAGCUCUUGGGCAGCAUAUCCCUUCAUGAGUACAGCUGUUAACCCUAGAAGGAAAGCUCUUGCCUUGUAUCCUGUGGUACUCAUGUAUGUAUCUGUUGGAUUUCUCAUUAUUGCUAUUGAUUGAUGGCAGUCAUGCCUGUCAUAUGAAAAUGUAAGCUGAUAAACGCACAUUGAAGUAGGCAUGUAACAUGGUGGACUUUUUGAUUGCCAUAUGAAGUUUUGUUGAUAGUUUUGGUUCUACCACUGAUAUCUCACAUUUCGUCCUCAUGUCCUAUACAUCUAGUUAUGUCUGGUGUUAUCCUGUAAGCCUGAAACACUGAUUCCACUGUAAAAGAGAUUUACUGAUGACGGUCUCUUCAUUCAUGGGUGUUGUUGCCUCAGAGCACUAAGGUUGAUUGGUCACGUGUCAUACUCGUCUUGUUAGUGAAUGUAUUAACUCCUUUUUUUCUCGGCGAUUAAGGCCAAAGGGGACUUGGAAAGUUAUAUGGAAUCAUAUACUAAUAAUUGUAAUUGUUACACUUUCAUGAAUAAAAAGGAGAAGCUUUCACAUAAUUAUACAAUG